ACAUAUUACCUCUUUUCUGCCCAAACAAUACUUAAAUGUGUAGGUAUUUAGUGUAGCAAAACCCAUGUGUGUGUAUUUGUGGGACAAUCCCCUAUGAAAGUUCAUCAUACUCACACGAAAACGAAGAGAAAACAUAAAUGGGAUGUACUUGGUAAGCUUUUCAUAAUGAAAUCCUUAAUAUCUUAGCAGUGUGUGAAGUUCCUGUAAAGCCUUGCGUAGCACGUGACGCCUGCAAUUCUUCUCUGAGAGGAAUCUCGCUGUUUGCCCAAAAACAAAUUGUUUUUUCGCAGACAUAGAAAUGAAAUAGGUACCUAAGCUAUAGUGUUUGUUGGACUGAUCAAGAGGAAAGCUUGGCUUGAACCGACGCUCAACAAUGGAGGCUCACACGUAUUGCGCUUGUUGCGUGCAGCGAACCAGAUGUGAAAGAGGCAGAGGGUUUUAUGUUGUGCCCAUGCCUGUCCUUGUAGAGCAAUACGAGCACUAUGAACCACAGCCCCUGUAUUACCACCACCAUCAUCAGGGCUCGCAAGCCUGGAGAGCAAGAUGGCUACGCAGAGUGGAGGAAGAAGAAAUCUCCGAAGCCCCUUUUCAGCGUCGGCAGAAAAGGGUCGACGCUUGCAGGAGCUCAAAAGGAAAAGGGAAAGAAAAAGAAAAGCAAGAGAAGCUUUUACAGACUUUGAUGGAGCGUUUAGAGGCGCUGGAGAUGGGAAUGAAAUGCCUCGCUAGGGCUCAAAAUGGUUCCACGCUUCCCCAGAAGCCGCAGCGCAGAAGUCGCGGCCGAUGCGUCGCGCGAUCGAACCCCGCGGCCGACGGUUCUCCUACCGGCGGCGCUGAAGCGUAUCAGGGUGCCCUAAUGAGGAGGUUUAGCGAGGAGAGGCGUCCGAUGAAUUCUGAGGAGGCGGCGGUGGUGAUACAGUCACGCUUUCGAGCUUACCUCGUACGCAGGUCGCAGAGUCUGCGGCAUCUUAGGCAUCUGGCCAUGCUCAAGAUGAGCCUCAGAGAGCUUAAAGCCCUGUUCUCCGAUGUGCGCUUCAAACGACUUAUGAGCCGUGAUGCAGAUGAACGGAACAGCUUUUCCGAAAAGGCAACUGCCCUUCUGCUCGAGGUCGAUUCUGUUCAGGGUUCCGACAUGUUGGUAAGGGAGGCUCGGAGGUCACUGAGCAAGGAGCUGGUGACAUUACUUGAUUCUUUAGAUGACAUGGGGGGUCAAUCUGCUGCUGUUACUAAAUCUUCAGUCCAGGCUAGAGAGGAUAUGCUGGUGAAUGAUCGCGUGAAGAUGUCAAGUGAUUGUUUUGAUUGUAGUGGGGAAGCGCCCAUGUCACAUUCAGAGUCGAUGACAGAGGAGGAAGAAGAGGAAUUCUUUAUUCAAGAGGCAAAUGAUGGGAGGGUUUAUGCGUCUGAUAGAGACCAUUUCACUUGCGUGCGCAACAGAAAUGGACAUGGGCCCAAACAUAGCAGACCAGCCGAUUUCAACAUGCCGAGAUUUGCAAAUGGAAAAAACGGCAGGAGAAGGUUUGGUUUUCCCGAAAUGGCUGAUUUUCGUUACGACUGUUCUGAUUUUCCUUUCUGAGAUGUACCAUUUGUUCAGGAAUUUUUCCCCUGCUUUGAGAGGGCGUCUGCGGCUUUUUGUCUGGUUUGUAUUACACAAGAGACCAUUAGAUUUACAAUGAAUUUGAUGUGGUUAUACCUAAAACCUUGUUUAA